CAAGCGCAACGAAGUUCUGUAAAGAAAUUAAACAAAGUAUAGCAAAAUAGUAUAUAAGAGAGCUCAACACAGUAGAGAGAAAUAUGGUAUUGUAAUGAUUGAUAGUGCUAAUGGAAGCACAUAGGAUCUACUGGACAAUCCAGAGCGUUUGAUCCAAUCGAAUAAACUAAUCGAGAUAGAUAUAGAGUCCUGUAUAUCAAAAUAAUAAGGAUGACGAGGUCAGAUGAGUUGAACUCCCGAUGUCUGCGUGUCAGUUCGUUCGUCUGUACGUGCAAGCGGUAACUUAAGUAAAAAUUGAGAUAUGAAAAAGUUUAUGGAAUUUGGUACAUAUGUUUCAUGGAGCACUAAAGAAGUUGAUAUUGAAGAUUGGCCCACAAAAUGCCGUUAAUAGAAAACUGUUAAAGUGCCGCAAAUUAAUUUUGUACAAGUCUUCGAAGUAUGGAAUGACAUCUGCGAUUUACAAUUUUUUACAAAGUGUAUAACAUCACUUUCACAUUUCUAUGUUACAGUGUGAACUACAUACACACCUACUUUUCAGAUAACACAAUUUUAAAUUCUAUCUGAUUAUUUCACUUUACAGUACGCAAAUCAAGCACUAUUUAAUGAAGACAUAGGAACUUUGUUUGAAUAUAAUCCACAAUAUAAGGCAUCCCAUUUCUUAAACUCAUAAAUUUUCAAGUCCCAGGUACCGAAUAUGUGAAUAUCAGUGCCUAUGUCUGACAUUAUACCAAAAAUAUCGGCCAAUCAGUGGAUAUACUAAUGAAAUUCAGAGAGAAUAGCUUCAUAGUAAUAAUGCGCCCUUGUGAAAAUUAGGAAAAUUCGGUAAUAUAUUUUAUAUAGUAUAGUUUAAUACCGAAAAUGUGUGAAAGCAGUUCUACCCUAACUUCUUUAUACUACUUAUAAUGAUUUUCAUAAUUCUAGCAGACUUUAUACUCAAAGUAUCGGUCGAUGUGUGAAUUAUCUCAUUAAAAUAGCGUGGAAACAUGUUCUGGAGUCCAGACCUUUCCCUAGCCCCAAUAUUAUUAUAAGUGAUUUACGACUUUCCACAUUACCUUAAAUUGUUUGGUUGAUUUUCAUAUAAAUGUAUCGGACCAAACAAAAUGUAGUAAUAUACUUAAGUCAAUAAGAUAUCAAGAAAGAUUUUAAUUCAUUGACUGAUUCGUCGAAUAAUGUAUGUUGAAUUCUUACGCAUCAUUUUUUAACCCUUUGUUGCACUGGCGAGAAGUGCUAGAGCCGAUUUAUCGGUCCGCGCCUUGUAGCGCUUUACUAUUUGCAUUGCGGGAGAACUCUAUCUCAAAAUAAAUUUGUAAUGCGUUAUAAAUGAUCUUAUUUCAUCACAAAAUAAUUUUAAAAAAAUAUUUUUUUGUUUGAACUCUUUGUUGACGACGUUUUUUCUGUCGCUUGGAGGUACCGGAAUCUAACAUAAACACCGUACCUUCAAGUUAUGUUUAUGUUAUGUAAUAUGUAAUAUUGGUUAUCUUGUUACAAAAUAUAUAUUGGAAAUACAAAGUAUAUACUUUAUAAUAAUUGGCCCAUAUACAAUUAUGAUGAACAGAUGACUGUUUGUAUGUGCAUAUACGUUUUCUACAAGAGAUCUCAAAUUCAUUUCAUUUACAAACGUUUAUACCUUUGUUUUUUUUUUAAUUUCAAAUGGCACUAAUUUCCCUGGCACUAAAAGGGUUAAUAUACGAUUUUUUCAACACCUAAAAUGGAUGGUUUAUCUUAUUUUUUGUUGAACAAAUAAAUAUAAAUUCAAUGUUACAAAGAAAGUACUCUUUAAACCAAAAUUUUUACCUCAUUCUCGGUGUUCACAGCGAAAAAUGGGGUCAUGUGCUAAGUAUGAUGACAUAGGAAUGCAUUUAAAUUCAUUAAAGAAGAGCGUGGUUAGAGUUAAGGGGUUACUGAUCGUUAACGAGUCCGAAUCGAAUUGAUAGAAAUAUGACAAUUAAUUAUUUGUAAAAUAAAUUGAUUGUUGUAAAUUUUGUUUGCUUAAAAGUGUUGUUGUUUAAUAGCAGCUUUAAUUUUGCCUUCAAAAGUUAUUAAGGCCACCGCCUGGUGGGCACAGUUACAAAUACGAGUAAAGGGGGAACGACUAUGUGUAACAAAUAUUUUUUAUAAUAAAAUAUUAUUUUGUUUUAAAUAAAUUAUAGUUAUACAAAAUAAAUUAAAUGAUAAUAAUUUUCCAGUUCGGAAAUUUUUACAGACUUUUACUAUAUUUCUAUAAAAAUAGACAAAUUUCUAUACAAAUCAGUACUAUAUACAAUAUACUAAAAUCUUUAAAAAACUCAGUCGAAAUUUUAUUCAAAACUAUUUAAAAGAAAAAGCAUCAUGAAAUACAUAAUUUAAACUUGAUUUAUGCAGCCAUUUCGCACGUGUUGCAUGAAAUUCGCCACUGUACCCGCCUUCCUAAUGGCAACGGCUCUUAAGUAGCUCUGUUUGGAAGUGUGUCAGAUCAUUCAACUUUAGCACUUUCACUGUAUAUGUAGCCCUGACGCCACGUAUGGUCGCUAAUCACUUAACAAUGCAAAACGACAAGUGGCAUGCAGCAAGCCCACUAAACUAAAUAAAAUUAGCCGUCUGCCACAGAGUCAUACGUCUUGAUGUCUUGGCAAAUACAAUGGGAAUACUUUAAUUCAGUGCAAUUGUAAACGCCAAAGCGUCAGCAACGCGUCAAAUGCAAGAAAUAUUAUAAGAAAAUUUGAAUGGAAUAAUAUUAAAAUUUUUUAAAAAAUUAAAGUGGAUUUUCUCAAAUCGCUUUUUGAGAUACAUUCGUAUACUUUUGCGCCGGACUUAGAAGAAAGUGCAGCAACACCAGCGCUACUAACACUACCAUCGUGCCCGUCCACAAUGAAACGUUUCAAUUGUUUCAGUUUACGUUCAUUUGGCAUUGUUGUUGCCGGCUUUGAUAUCAUCGUAGGGUUGUGCACGCUAGCACUCUGCUCCUACUAUCUGUGGACCGACUAUGUGUAUGUGUCAUAUUGGCCGCAGGACGAUGUGAAAAUAUUGAGUCCUUUAAGUAAUUUCAUUGCAAUAGUUGUUGAUUAUGUACUCGUACAUAACUUCUCCAAUGCUUUCUAUAUGGUACUGGCUGUUACUAUUUGGGUAAAAUCGUUGAUUAAUUUAGUUGUUGCUUCUAUACUCAUGGAUGGUAUAAGAAAGCAACGUCUUGUUUGCAUUGCUCCCUGGCUCAUUAACACCACGAUUUCGAUUGGCAUUGAGAUAGCCGUAUUUGUAUUCAUGGAAAUUAAAAUGAAUGAAUUCGAAGAGGAAAUCGCAUUGGAUCGGCGUAUAGUGCAUAGUGUGAUUUUUGGCGUAUUUAUGGUCUUCAAUGCGCUCUCUUUAUUCGGGAUCUUUGCACUAUACAAAUUGCUCAAGGCAACGGUCAGUGAGAAUCGUACAUUACAGGAGAGUAUUGUGGAAGCAGCUGGACUCUAUCAGCAUGUUAAAGUUUAAAUUUGGCUUGAAUCCAUGGCGAAUUUUAGUAGCACCAUUAAACAACAAUUUGGUUAUGAGCGUUUUGUUUAUUGAAUAAUGCAUUUAUUUAACAAGAAAAUUUAAAAAUUUUAAUAUAUAAUAUGUAAAACUUCCAAAAUAAAUAAAACAGUGCUCUUAUGAAACAGUUUAAACGAGAGUUGGAAUCAAGGAUUGGGCGAGAAAUUUACUUCAGGUCAGUGUCAUUUUAACUCUUUCAUUCAAUAUUGUGGAUAAUUUUUCCUCAAAUUCACUUAUCCCCAAUAUUUUUGUUUAUUUCAACUCACCUCAAAUACCACAACGAAAGCCAA